AUGAGGAAUGUGAACACCAAUGUGAAUAACCCAGAAAUAGUAAGGGAGUUUAGCUAUUGUGUGCAUGGUGGUUUGACACCAGUAGCUUUCGAACAACAUUGGCAGCAAAUGAUAGAUACGUAUGAUCUAAAAGGCGAUUGGAUCGAGAUGAUGUAUCGUAAACGGAAACGAUGGGCUGAAGCAUACUGCUCGGGGCAUUUUUUUGGUGGGAAUACCACCACACAACGUGUCGAGGGUAUGCAUAAGAACUUGAAGGAUGGAAUUGGUAGAGGCAUGAGGUUAGUGGAGUGUAUUCCACGGAUUGAAAGAUCGUUAUUGAGGUUGAGAAAUGAGAAUGUGAAGGAUGACUUUGAUUCCAACCAUUCACAUCCACUCCUUCGCACGCACCUUCGAUCACUAGAGGAACAUGCAGCUUCUAUUUUCACUCACGACAUUUACAAGUUGAUAAGAAAUGAGAUAAACAAGGAGGCAAAAUUAAUUCUCGUGCAACCCGUAAGAAACAAUGAAGAUCCUCGUGUUUACACAUUUUCCAAAUUUGGAAGACCCGUUGAGAAAUGGACUGUUGUGUACUACACGAAAGAGCAACAUCUGCAAUGUUCGUGCAAAUUAUUUGAAUCCAGUGGAAUUCCGUGUUGUCAUAUGUUUGGAGUCAUGAAAUGUGAGCAUAUGGAUGAAAUACUUCCGACCUUAAUAAUGAAGAGAUGGACAAAGGAUGCAAGACGUGGGAGUGAAAUUGUAGUCAAGUCUGAUGAUGUUCCCCACGAAACUAUUCAAAUGGCUAGGUUUGGGUCAUUAAGCGUUGAUUUUAACAAGCUUUGUUUUUAUGGGUCACAAACAGAAGUCGCUUACAAGAGGCUAAAGGCUGAAUGUGGGAGAUUAAAUACUUUGGUUGAGACAUGGAAGGAGCAACAUGAGCAAACUAGUCUUAAACUAGGAUGCCAUAAUAAUGUUGUAAGAGACCCCAUAGUUGCUAAGACAAAAGGAAAGCAAACAACGGGAAGCAAAGGCAAAAAGGCCCCACAAUGCGGAGAGUGCAAGGUUACUGGUCACAACAAAAGAAACUGUCCAAAUCUCAUUGUUGGUGAGGGAGGUAAGCGGAAAAGGGGUUAUACAAGUGACAUGAGCGAUAUUCUUUCUAGUUUUGGACCAGAAGAUGAUACAACUGUUGGGAACAUAACAUUUUAUUCCUCCUCGAGUGCUGUGCAUGGGACUAAGAUGUUGUCCUCUUCUUAUACCCCCCCUAACUCGGGCUUCUCAUGUGGCGAAGUGUCUAGUGGCUCCACUCAUUACACCUCUGAUGGUUUCACCUUUGACACACCCGAGUAUAGUGUAUUGGAAUCACAAUUUGACACACAAGCCUCGCCACGUAGGGAUCGUAAUAGAUUUUGGGUUCCAUUCACCCCAAUAAAAUGA